CUGCCGCUUCCUCCUCCUCCUCCUUGGCGGCAGGCUCUAGGCCUUGCUUCCCCCGACCGGCUCCUGGCGCCUGUCGUAGCCGAGCCCCCGGGCUCCCCGCACCCGGAGAGGAUGUCGGAGCAGACGGGCUUGCUGAUACCGCAGACCAUGGACAGGAGUUGUUGGGUGUGUUUUGCAACUGAUGAGGAUGACAGAACAGCAGAGUGGGUGAGACCAUGCAGGUGUAGAGGCUCUACGAAAUGGGUUCACCAAACUUGUCUACAGCGCUGGGUGGAUGAAAAACAGAGAGGGAACAGUACAGCUCGUGUUGCCUGUCCUCAGUGCAAUGCAGAAUACUUAAUAGUAUUUCCAAAACUAGGUCCAGUUGUUUAUGUCUUGGACCUGGCAGAUCGCCUUAUCUCAAAAGCCUGUCCGUUUGCUGCAGCUGGAAUAAUGGUGGGCUCUAUCUACUGGACAGCUGUCACUUACGGAGCAGUAACAGUGAUGCAGGUUGUGGGUCAUAAAGAAGGCCUCGAUGUUAUGGAAAGAGCUGAUCCUUUAUUCCUUUUAAUUGGACUUCCCACCAUCCCAGUUAUGCUUAUAUUGGGAAAGAUGAUUCGCUGGGAAGACUAUGUGCUUAGAUUGUGGCGAAAAUAUUCUAACAAACUACAGAUUCUGAACAGCAUAUUUCCAGGGAUUGGAUGUCCUGUUCCUCGUAUUCCAGCUGAGGCCAACCCUCUGGCAGAUCACGUCUCUGCUACUCGUAUUCUCUGUGGAGCUCUUGUCUUUCCCACUAUUGCUACGAUAGUUGGCAAGUUGAUGUUCAGCAGUGUUAACUCUAAUCUUCAGCGAACAAUUUUGGGCGGAAUUGCUUUUGUUGCUAUAAAAGGAGCUUUCAAGGUCUAUUUCAAACAGCAGCAAUAUUUGCGACAAGCUCAUCGGAAAAUUUUAAACUAUCCCGAGCAAGAAGGUGCAUAAAUGACUGUGGAUGUCAGACUUUUACAAUCUCAUCUGCUAUAUUCAGCAGCAAUGUACCCAUACCUAUUAUUUGGCUAAAGGAGCUGAAAUUGGAGGAUAUGUUGCUGAUUUUUGUGGUCCCCCCACCCCACCCCCAUAGAAUAAUAAAAUACCUUAUUAUGGCAGGGCAAAUCCUCCUUAGUUGUUGAUCCUAAGAAUGUGAUUUGUUUUCACUGAUGUGUUUACUUUGUGGCGGAAGACAUCUGAAUCAUUUUCCUAUGGGCAAAUGUUGCCUUCUUUCAAAACAGAAGCCAAACAGUUGUGAAGUUAAUAAAUUAUGUGCAGACUGUAUUGAAUUAUAUUUUGUAUGCUUAUUGCAGUAAAUGCACAGUACUUUGCUAAAUGGGCCAAUAUAAGAAACUUCUAAAAAUAUGCAUAGUUUAUUAUUGCCAAGUGGAACUCUGGAAUGUCAGUUAAUAAGGGUUCCCGUAUUCAUAGAGGAAACUAAAGAAUAAGCCUCAAAUUAGUGAUAGCAGAACUCAACUCAUUUUCUUGCUAGUUCGCAUAGUCCAUCAUAACAGCCCAGAUUGUUAGAAGUUUCAUUAAAUAUAGAAAAACCUGUCUGGGUCAGAUAACUUGGAACACCAGCAAAUUGCUUUUUUUAUUUU